UUGUCAUCCUGAAAAUCGAAUCGUCUAUCGUCAUUUUCUUCCCGAAAAUGGCCGCAUCAGGAGGAAAUAUUGAAUGGUCUACAACUGUUAAACCAAUAUUAACAGCACUUUACGGCCCUUUUUUCGAUAAAAACGAUGCCGUCGAAAUCAUCCAAGCCAUCAUCAAAAGCGAAAGUGAAUUCCAGAACCAUGAAGACAUUUAUGACUUGUUCUACACAUGCUUUGCAUGCCUCUCUGCACAUUUUAUUAGCAUGAAUGCUAAUAAUCUACCAAAUGACCAACUGACCACUGCAAGAGAUGCAUUCAGAGUGAUACUCCGACAAAUAUUGAAGAAGCUCUCCGAGGCUGGAUUGAGCUAUGAUGAAACGAACACGACAGCUGCACCCAAUGUUUCUGUCAAACAGCUUCUGCUGCCUAUUGUGGGGCUAUGCGGCAUCGACGGAGGGGGAUACCCCCAAUCUGACUUAGUGAUUUUGACGUCACUGCUGAAAAAUGCCAAACUGCCCGCACAUGUCUCCGUGCCUGACUCACAAACAACAAAGUCGUCGGUUAUACCAAGCUCGAUUACGUCUCUGGCCUCUCAAACGACCCCUACUGAGAAGCAGCCGCCGUCGAACGCCCAAAGACGUUCUGAUGCUUUACUGGAACAAUUGACUGCGCCAUUGCGCAACCCUGUGGCUUCAAUGACGUCAUCCCAAGCGGCACCCGCCACAGCCGUCCUGUCACCCGGCAGUAAGGACAGCUUGGAAAGCGCAAAGGAUGGAAAUGCUGCUCAACAGUCUUCCAUUGAUAUGAAGAAGUGGGUGGCGUCGACAUGCUCGUCACUCCUGAUGGAGCUGCGAGCUGGGUCGGUGGUGCUGAAGGUGUGCGCGUCGCUGCCGUGUCUCCAGCGCUACCUCAACCGGUGGCAGACUGCCAAGGAAUCCGCUAUAGCACCUCAAUUCAACUCUGAUGCCUCACUCCUUCACUUCCUCGUGAACGAGGUACAUGUGUGCCGCCUGGCGUUGUCCCUGCCCUGCCUGGAGCCCUUCACUCCGGAACGUAUCAUGACCCUCAGUGACGUCAGCAUCGCCGGCUUACUCUGCGCUACUGCUCAGGCGUCCCUUCACCCGAAGGACGAGGAGUACGAACAGCAGACGGCUACAUUGGUGGAGAGUGCGCUCAGCCUGUACAACACUGUGGGAGAGACCUUCAAACAGUCUACCCGCGCUGGGGGAUACGUGUACCAGAACCACCUGAUGAUAGGCAGCUGGGUGUUGCUCUGCGGGCUGCACCACGCACUGGCGGGCGCGCCCUGCCCCACUACCACUGCUGGCAAGAGCCCCGCUAAGACUCCGUCCAGACCAUACAAUCUCACCAAAAUGCAACAAGGUCUGGGCGUGGUGUGGGUGGCGCUGGGCGGGCGCUGCCUGGCGUGGGUGGGCGCGCUGCUGUCGGACGCGCGGCUCGAGGCGCUCAGCUGCGGGGACGCCGUGCCCGCCGCGCCCGCGCCGCUACACGUACUGGCGCAGCACACCGCGCACCAGCGGGAGCUGCGCCUCGCCUCCGCCGCGCCGCUGCAUCAGCUUCUGGUGGCAUUGGGCGUGGUUUGCUACCGCAAGGCGACCAACUUGAAGCGCGCCGUGGUACAGAAGCAGCACCAGGACGCCGACCCCGACCGCUCCGACUCCACCGUCUACUUCCAGGACAUGAUACUCUGCUCCGAGGACUCGGAGACUGAUGAUGACAGUGAACCGCUGUUCGGUUUGUGGUUCGAAUCGACGCUGGUGGCGCCGGACGCGACUGACAACAGUGGACUGGUGCGUGCGUCGGGUAAUACUGACAGCAACGACAAUACUGACACGCCGCAGCGACCGCACCAGGCCAUCGUGCCGGACAAGGCCGAGCCUUAUUCUUACAUAACUCUAGCGACGGAGGUGUUCACACUACUGACUGAGGAAAUCAUCAGCGAGGGUUCAGAUCGCUUGGGCCAGCACUCUCUACAGUUGCACGAUGCUCACCAAGCGCUGCUCGCUGCGUUAGCCAAAGAUUUGGACAGAGAGACCGCUCGUACUGAUACUGGUACGAUUUCGUCAUGCUUCGGAGCCCGUCUGGGUGCGUUGUACGGCGGGUUCAGCUCAGCCCUGGUGCGUUACUUGCACAACCUCAGCGGCGCGCCGGCCUUCGCCUCGCUGCAGCCCGCCCUGCACCAACAACUUAUAUCUGCCGGCUCGGAGCGAACCAACAUGACUCCGUUGCAGGUCGGUCCGCGCGUAGUGAAGCUGCUAGGCGGCAUGGUACUGAGCAAGCAGGCCGCGGAGCGAGAGAACAGCAUCCUCGCCAUGUGGCACAAGAUUGUCAACACGCUGCAAGAGUGCGCCCUGCAAGCCCAGCCGUCGCAGGACCAUGAUUAUGAAGACUUAAAUGUCGAGCACGCUCAGCUGUUGGUGUAUCUCUUCCAUUCGUUGACGCUCAUGCAGAAGAAGUCUGUGCUGCUUAUGACUUCAAACGCCAUCAUUAAGGUGGUAGAAACACUAGCGAUCAGUGACAGGAAGCGGGCAAUGAACUUGGCUCCGCACCAGCUCAUGUUAACGACCAGGCUGAUGCUGCUCCUCGAGUACCUCAUGAGGCAUCUAUACGACGCACCGCAGACUCUGCUGCAGCAGAUUGAAUGGAACCUGGUAAUAGCGCCCGGCUUGGCCCAGCCGACGACGGAAGCGAAUGCCAACGGCAACAAGACGUCCACGAACGGCCAGCCGAAGUCCCGCAUCUACUGCGAGGUGCCGUGCAUCGAGCAGGCCUACAGGCGACUGUCUCAGGACGAAACGUCCAUGAGACCAAAGUUCUACGCUUUGACUAACGCUGAGAUCAAUAACCAGGAGAAUCCGAAGUUCGACGGUCUGGCGUGCAACUUCGUGCUGGGCACGCCGCACAAGCUGAAGUACCCGCUGCUGCUGGACGCGCUGCUGGCGCUGCUCAACUCGGCCUGCGUCGCAGACAACGCGCACUACCACGCCUCGCCCGCCGCGCUCGCCGCCGCUCAUUACUGCUUCCAAACUGCUUGGAGGUUGGUAAUAAGCAUGCCCCCGGCGACUCCGCACAUGGACAAGCUGCAGGCAGGCACGGCGGCCGAGCUGCCGUCUCCGUUACCUCUGCAUGCCGUCGUAUGGGCGCCACGAGCUGACAACAAGAAAGUAUUCAAUCCCUGGCUCAAGGACGCCCUUGUUAAGCAAGGAAUGUACACGCAGUACGCGGAGAACCUUCUCGCUGGCGUAAGCGCGUCGUGCGACAACAUCAAAUACACGGCGUGGUUAGCUUCCGAAACGAUCAAGCAUCUGAAACAAAACGUCACUGCAAAUGGCUUACCGUCUCUCCUGGACGUGAUAUCUUGUGACGCGGCUCUGGUGAGGUUCAAAGUGUGCCUCGCUGAUUCCGCCACGCCAUCGGAAGCUCACCAGUUCAUGCCUGAUCUACUGGAUUUGCUGGAGACAGUACUGGAUUGUUGUCGGCUCAGCGCUGGCCUCGAGCUCGAAGGUCUAAUGGAGAGUUCGAGCAAUGCCUCCGAAAUAGCAGUAAGCAAGGCUCGGCUACAAGUAUGCGGUACGUCUGGCCCGGUCGGCAAUGCGGCCGGUAGUACCCCGCCGCCCGCCCUCGGCGCCUGGCUGAGGGCUCAUCUACCGCCUAAUGCUGCAACUGCCUUAGAUAGGUUGACUACCCCGCCGCCUUUGGCUUGCAUCAACUUGGCAUUCUACGCAUCUCACAUAAUACCAUCAGAGAGUGCAGUGUUGACCUUAGUGUCAUCACACUGCGAACUGAUCACUGCCAAUACAAAAUACUCCAUCGGGUCAUCCCUGAUGAUGCUCGCUUAUUCGGCUGCGAAACUUCUUGAAGUCGGCGCUAGCAAGCUCGCUGACAACCCUGAGCUUAUGAAGAAGACCCUUGACUUGGUUAUACCGGCUUUGACGGACGGUCGUCUAGAGUUCAUGUCGGAGCCACUAGCUGCCACGCUGAACACCCUGGUACCACAAGUGCAGAAGGCGGAACAACUGAUUCAUGAGCACAUCAUCAAGACUACGUACAACGUUCUCGUCGAACAUCUGCAACCAUCCACUGAGAAGACUUUGAGACAUAUGGUAAAAUACUGGGAGAAGAUUCUGGACCGCCCCGCAGGUAGACUGGCGUACGAGAAAGUGUUCGCCGAUAACUCGGGCUAUUCUCUCGGCAAGAUACUCUUGUCAGCGCCGAAUGCAAGGAAUCCUUACGCUGAGAGGGUUAUCAAGCUCUUUAUAAAAAUAUUCUCUGGUUGCGAGAAUGAUCUGAACAGCAAUCUAUGCGUGUCAGUAUGCAAGUUUAUUGGUGUCGCGGAUCAACAGAAACUGUCGACGCUAUUGGCUCAUAUAUGUUUGGGCGGUUCUGCUUCAUCAACGGGUGGCAAUGCAGGCACUGCUAAUGGUACCCCAACAGAGACAGAGCUGCCGACCCCUACGUCAUCAGCUCCGGACGCGGGAGGCAACCCUGCAUCGCUCGCGUUGCGCAACGCUUUGCGCAGCGUGUUCCGCAGUGAGAGCAGUGACGCUACCACGCGUAACGAUUCCAAUGCGCAAAGAAAUGAUUCUGAUUUACCCGUGUUUGAUACUCCUUCACCAGCACCCAGAGCGCAGUCUGACACCGCACAGCAAUCCGCUAAUUCAGAGAGUUGCAGUUGGUCUGACGGCAGUAAGGAGAGUGGAGGCGCGGUGACUACGGCCCCGGUGGUGGCAGAGCCUGCGCCCGCGCCGCUCACGGACGCGGCCAAUGACAACGCGGCUUUACUGUCCGCGCUAUGCAAGCACGUUGUACUACACUGCGGCGAGGAGGUGAGCGAGCGCAUGCUGAGCACGUUGGUGUGUGUGUGCGGGGAGUCGGCGUGCUCCCCGCUGCUGCUGCGGGAGAUGUGCCGCCUGGCCGACGCGCACGCCGGCCAGGACCAUCGCCAGCUCUUCCCCGCCGCCGUCGGAUGGCUGGCCAACUGCGUGGACAACCUAGGCAGUCAAGAAGUGCUAGAUAAACUGGAGGAGGGCCAGGUGGACGGGACCCUGGCGCCCCAGAUCGAGUCCGCGUGUGUACUGCUGUCCUACCUCGCGGACGCGCUGCAUGCCAUCAACACUACGCAGCCUCACACAUGGCGUUCGGUUAGCCCGACUUGGGAGUCGCCGUCGGACCUUGGUUUCGACUUGGACUACACGGAUGAACAACAAGAUGACGAUGACACAAGUGCUGAUGAUUCCGACGAAGACGCUAUGCUGCAAUACAAGCUGUGUACGUUCACGGUGACGCAGCGCGAGUUCAUGAACCAGCACUGGUACCACUGCCACACGUGCAAGAUGGUGGACGGCGUCGGCGUCUGCACCGUCUGCGCCCGCGUCUGCCAUCGGGGACACGAUGUGUCUUACGCCAAGUUUGGCAACUUCUUCUGCGACUGCGGAGCUAAACCUGACUCUAGUUGUCAAGCUCUAGUGAAACGAUCGGUGACAUUGGGCGGAGCUCGUGGCACUGGCACGGAAGAGAGUGCGCCGGCGCCCUCGCUGCGGCGUCGUCCGUCUAGUCCUGCACCGCCUGCCAUACUGGCGCCGCCAAGACGCCCCGUACUGGCUUCUAAUAUCCAAGGGUGUCGCCAGUUCCUGGUGUCGUACGGCGGCUGGGCGGCGUGCAUGGAGCGCGUGCGGCGGCUGCUGGAGUCGCUGGCGGGCGCCGUGCGCGCCGCGUGCGAGCGGGCCGCGCCCACCGGCGCGCACGGCCGGGCGCAGCGCGCGCUGGCGCAGCUGCAUCUCGGGGAGAAGAAGUUCACGCACACCGACAACCUCAUGCUGCCUACUCUCGGUUCCCAAGAAGGCGCAUUCGAGAACGUCCGCAUGUCGUACACGGGCGAGACCGGACAGACGAUCCGUCAGCUGAUGUCGGCGCACAAGCUGCGUCGCGUCGCCAUGUGUUGCCUCGCCUCGCCGCAGGGCAGGCGGCAGCACCUCGCCGUGUCGCAUGAGAAAGGAAAAAUCACAGUCUUGCAACUAUCAGCGCUCCUAAAGCAGACGGACUCGUCCAAACACAAGUUGACGCUGACGCAUCUGUCGUCUGCCCCCAUUCCCUUCAUGGUGCUCAGUCUCAGCGGGAACCCGUGGAACGAAGACCUGCUCGCUGUCUGCGGGCUGAAGGAGUGCCAUGUGCUUACUUUCAAUAGUGGCGGUGCGGUAGCCGACCACCUAGUCCUGAACACCGGCUUGGAAGGCAACAACUACGUCAUCAAAGCAAUAUGGCUGCCCGGCUCCCAGACACAGCUCGCUCUCGUGACGUCAGACUUCGUGAAGAUCUACGACCUGAGCAAGGACCUCAACAACCCUAUGCACCACUUCCUCGUACCCAGUGGAAAGGUGCGCGACGUGACGUUCGUGAACCAGGACGGCGUGAUGCACAUGCUGUGCAUGAGCUCGGCGGGCCACAUCUACUGGCAGCCCAUGAGCGAGGAGUCGCGCGCCACGCUCGGCACCUUCUACGUCACCAACACGCUAGAGGUGCUCCAUCCGGAGAUACAGGAUGUUGCUGGGUUGGUGGGAGGCGGUGGAGUCUCCAUAUACUACUCGCAUACGCUCAAGAUGCUGUUCUUCUCGUAUGCGCAAGGCAAAAGCUUCCUGGCACCACUUAACACUGUCGAAGAGAGUCUCAAAGGCACCGCAAUGAUCACGCUAUCGACAACACUAACGCAGAAGGAAGGCGGUCGCGGCGGCGGCAAGCAGGGCGUGCAGUCGCUGUGUCAGUGGGCGGAGGUGCCGGGCCACCCCGGACUGGUCACCGCCGUCAUGCAGGCCUCCAACAACCCCGUCGUACUCAUGCUCACGCCCACCAACAUCUUCGUGCAGGAGAUUAAGGUGGUGCCCGCCAAAGCAAAGAUAACAGACAUGGUAGCCGUCCGCCACUGGUACGGCGGCGGCGGCGAACAGAAGAGCACUCUGAUCUUACUCUGUGAAGACGGCAGCUUGCGCAUAUACGCCGCCAGUAACGAACAUACUGGCUACUGGCUCUCACCCGCCAUACAACCCACACACGCGCCUAGAAGGCGACCCAGGCUGUUAACGCAUCAUGCUAAAGGAAAACAACAACAGGCUGUAACAAAAUCCAACGCUAGCGGCGCUCCACAGUUCCCGAUUGAUUUCUUCGAACAUUGCAUCGCGAUGAACGACAUUGAGUUUGGCGGCAACGAUCUGCUGCAAGUUUAUAACACUGCACAGAUUAAACACCGACUCAACACUACUGGCUUGUAUGUGGUAUCCACGAAAAUGAGUGGAUUCUUCUUGGAAGUGAUGAACUCGGAUCCUAAUAUGGUCAUCUGUGGCAUACGAGUACUGCUUGGCACUCAGGACGUCGCCCGCACACCGACUUAUGUUGAAGUAUAUGGGAGAUCGAUCCAAACAAUCGUAGUACGCAACCGUUGGUUCGAUAUACCCCUUACACGAGAGGAAUCGCUCCAAUCUGACAAGAAGCUCGUCAUCACCUUUGGACCUUCGCAAGACCCUGAUGGUGUUACUAUGGUCGACUCGGUGAAGGUGUAUGGCAAAAAUAAGGAGCAGUUUGGCUGGCCUGAGGACAAUGAAGACCCAUCCGCUUGUCCUUCAUCCAGUAAAGUUGCUCAAGAAGGUGAAGGUUCAGGCGGUGCUUGGAAACCGAGUCCACUGGAACGUCUGGCCUGCGCAGCGCUGGAAGCUCUGGAGCUUGGCGCGGGUGCCUCUGCAGCCGGAGCCCAUGCGGCCGCGGAGCCUGCGCGCAGGCUACUGUGUGCACCCGCCCCGCCGCAUCUACAUGCACGGGCGCAGUGUCUACUGAGGGCCUUGCAUCAUACUCACUAUCAUCAGUACAAGGAUCAAGCAAUUCUGAAGUACGUAUGCACUUCACUGCGCGAACUCCGCGAUACGGCUGAUCCACACAACAUCGACCCUGAAGCGUACUUCAGACUGGUCUUGUUGGCGCGAGGAGUCGCCGUGGCUAGACCACACCAUCUCGUCAAAUACAGUGCUCCUACACCACAAAGACCUCCGAAUGGUGAUUGGUCAGUCCUCUGGAAGGGCGAAAACCAAGAAGACAAGGACAAGGAGCCCCACCUCUGUGCAUUACUAACGAGCGUAUUAUGGCGUUUGGCCGCAUGCCGUGCCUCCACCGCUCAGCCACCGGGCAUCUUGUCGUACGGUCUGCGACACCCGGAACAUACCAUGCAUGCACUCGCUGAUACCGUGCAUGCGUUCCAACUGCAUGCUGAGCCGGAGUGUGUGGAAUUCGGCAAUCAAAUAUACCUAUCAUUGCUUCUGGCGGAGGACCAAAGCAUAAGCUUCGGAGCCAAAGCUGCUCUGAUGAGAGUACUCCGGCCCAGAGUGAAGAGGCGCCGUGUCUACAUACCAUCACCGCCUAACACUCCUGGAACUGGAGCCGGAUCAUCAGUGACCACAGCUCAGCCAACGAGCUCGAUCACAGAGGCAGUGGUCUCCGAGUCAGACCUCAGCGCCAACCGAGACGAGCACCAGGAGAACCAGUUCAUGGAUGUAGACGACUCCCUGGAACCCAUGGUGCUACUGGCACCUGAUGGAGGUCUAGAAGCCCUACUAGACAUCCCCCCGGACGCGGACGACGAGACGAUGGUGGAGCUGGCCAUAGCGCUGUCCCUGCAGGAGCAGCCGCGCCGCGCCCCGCCCGCGCCCUCCGCGCCGCCACCGCCCGCGCCAGGGUUCAGCGAUGCUACUGCGUCCCCACCCGCUUCGGACGACGAGGGCAGCACGGCGGCGACGGACGGCAGUACGCUGCGCACGUCCCCGGCCGAGCCGCCCGGCUCCGCGGGAUCCGAGUCCGGCGGCUCCGGGGCUGACUCCAUCGGGGGCGUGUCCGGACGUAGCAGCGCUUAUGGAGAAAUGGUGUCCGCUCCAUCGGCUGGAACGAUGCCCGCCUCCAAUAUCAUCGCGGCCCCUGUCGCUAUUACAGCUGGCCCAUCAACAUCAUCGAGCCAACCAGUGGCGUCGACAUCCCGUACAAUGGAGGCUGAGAGCGAGACACGCAAACUGCACGCUCUCCGUCUCUCUCUACUGUCUGCUGCGUUAGAUGCCCUGCCGUCUCUGAGGUUCCUGCCCGGAGUUAGGGCUAUACCGUUUGUACAGGUGGUACUAAUGCUCGCUGGUGACUUGGACUCCAGCGUGGAAGGAGACAGAACAGUCCUAGACCGACUUCUAGAGCUUUUAGUAUCAGAACUCGAUAUACAGAGCGAGGAGAAUCCAGAGGAGCGCACGGACAGGCGCGAGCUACAACUGGCCAUCAUGCGCCUAGAGCUGUUAGUGUCCGAACUUGACAUGCACGGGGAUGAGACCCCGCCCCCUAUACACGAGAGGACCAAUAGGAGGGAGUUGCAAUUGGUCAUCAUGAGGUUGUUGAGUGUCCUAAUGGCUCGCUGGAAGACGUCAGCGUCGGGAGGCCCAGUCCCCCGCGCGGAGGUGACGGGCGGCGCGUGCGCAGCGCACGUGUCCCGCCUGGCUGCGGCCGCGCUAGUACGGGCCGGCGCGCCUGCGCACUGCUUCCGAGUGCUCUCGGCACUACUGCCUUAUUGGAAGGAGAAGACUUCUAGUUCUGGCGCAACAACUACUGGCCAGACUCUUCUGAAACCGCAACCACCUCAGCCGUUGCCAGAUAUGCAACCUUUCUUCGUGAAGGAGUAUGUCAAGAGCCACGCUCUAGACGUGUUCGACAACUACCCGCAACUGCUGAUGGAGAUGGCGCUGCGCCUGCCGUGCCAGAUACACAAGCACUGCGACCCGGCGCACUUCGACCAGCGCUGGCGCACCCUGCUCUGCGAGUACAUGAUGAACCAACAGACUCCGCUCAGGAAACAAGUGCGCAAACUCCUGCUCUUACUCUGUGGUACUCGGGAACGUUACCGCCAACUACGCGACGUGCACGCAUUGGACACGCAUCUUAAUGCAGCGCGCGCAUUGCUCGCUACUGACCCGGCUUAUGACAAGCUCGUACAGCUCAUGGACCAUUUGAAGGCUUGCGCAGAAAUAGUGAGCGCUCGGACGGGCAACUGGCAGCACACGUGCGCGACGGAGCGGCGCGAGGCGCUGGCGUGGCUGGUGACCGUGGCCCGCCGCGUGCACCCGCACGUCGCGCCCACCGUGCUGCAGCUGCUGCAGGCCGCGCUCUGCGCGCCGCCGCACCACCAGCGGCCCGGCGACGGCAGCAAGAAACCGUUGCAGCAGAACUCGGCAGACUGGCCGGACCGUGAGCGCAGCGCUGAGAAUGACGCCUUCACCACUGAUGGCUCCAAGUUCCAAGAACAAAGGGUGGGACCUCUCGUCCAACAGAUACUGAAACAGGUCUCCCAAGAGGAACUCAGGAUGUUUGUCAAAGCAUUCUUGCUGGAGACUAACUCUACCGCAGUACGUUGGCAAGCCCAUGCUUUGCUACUUGCCAUUUACAACAACUCGGCGCAAACCGACCAAGCUUCCUUGGUAUCUCUCCUAUGGGGUAUCUGGCCAACACUACCGCAGUACGGACGUAAAGCCGCGCAGUUCGUUGACCUGCUCGGAUACUUCACGCUCAAGACUCCAGACAUUGAUACUGAGAAAUACGUAGGCAGCGCUGUGGAAUUACUCCGCAAUCAGAACCAGCUUCUGUCCUCGCACGGUAACGCCGCCCUGUACGCGGCCCUCGGUUCCUACGUGGAACUAGACGGGUACUACCUCGAGUCCGAGCCCUGCCUCGUCUGCAACAACCCUGAGGUUCCCAUGGCGACCAUCAAGCUGCCUACUAUCAAGAUCGACUCGAAGUUCACGACGACCACUCAGAUUGUGAAGCUGGUGAACAGUCACAUGAUCAGUCGCAUCAAUCUGCGCAUCAGUGAUAUAAAGCGCAGCAAGAUGGUGCGGACCAUCAACUUCUACUACAACAACAGGACUGUACAAGCCGUGCAGGAGCUUAAGAAUAGACCCGGAAUGUGGCACAAGGCGAAGCGUGUGCAACUUCAGUCGGGACAGUCGGAGGUGCGCGUCGACUUCCCUCUGCCCAUCGUCGCCUGCAACCUUAUGAUGGAGUACGCUGACUUUUACGAGAAUCAACAGGCUACUGGUGAGUCUCUGCAAUGUCCGCGGUGCUCACAGUCUGUGCCAGCCAACCCGGGCGUGUGCGCAAACUGCGGAGAGAACGUCUUCCAAUGUCACAAGUGUCGUGCAAUCAACUACGACGAGAAAGACCCGUUCCUGUGUCACGCGUGCGGCUUCUGUAAGUACGCGAAGUUUGACUACACGCUGACGGCGCGGCCUUGCUGCGCGGUCGAUACUAUUGAGAACGACGAGGAGCGCAAGAAGAUGGUCCAGACUAUUGGCGCCUUGCUGGACAAGGCAGACCGGGUGUAUCGCCAGUUGACGUCCAAUAAGCCUGUGUUGGAGUCCCUACUCCACAAAAUCAGCGAGCAUCGCCUAGAAGGUCGGUCAGCGGACGAGAACAGCAACGCGAGUAACACAUCGUUCAGUGGCGCACAGAUCAACCGCGUCAUACAAACUCUUGCGCACAAGUACUGCGUCGAUAGCAAGGGACACUUCGAAGACCUGUCCAAGAUCAUACAGAAGGUGCUGGCUUGCAGGAAAGAGUUGGUGGCAUUCGAUAGAUCGCAGAGCGAACUGACGAAAGGCGAUACUUUACCUGUGUACGCUGGUCUGCUGCAGAAUUACGACGGCGAUGUUACUAAAGGCGGUGGUUGCUACGGCUGUGCGCUGUCGUGCGCGGAGCACUGCCUGACGUUGCUGCGCGCCCUGGCGUCCCAGACCGAGCACCGCGCGCGUCUGUGUCGGUUCGGGCUCGUGCAGGAACUUGUACAACACAACCUGCAUCGUGGCACUCCACAGUGCCAGGAAGAAGUCCGUGCAUUAAUCUGCCUAGUCACCCGCGACAACCUCCCGGCGACGGAGCAACUGUGCAACUUGUUGUCGCAGCGCAUCACUCUGUCGCUCAUGGGACACGCCGCUUCACAAGAUCAUAACAACUCGGUGCGUCCGUUAGUACUGCUACUGGGCUCCCUUGUGAAAGUACAAGAUUCGGUGGAAUGCUGGGAGGCAAGGCUAAGAUGUAUUGUGAAGCUAUGGGUUUGGUGUUGUCCACAACUGACGGAGGUGGCCGGCAUAACGCCCGCGGCCAACACCAUCCUGAAGGCAGAGGCUCUGGCUGGCAUACCCGGCAUCAACUCGUCUUCACCUAACUUCUUGUCGUGCCACACAGCGCACCAGUUCGCGCUGCAGCAGGUGGCGCUGCCGUGCCUGCGCUACAUGCAGCAGCUCAUGGCGCCCGCGCCGUCCACCGCCACCCCGCCCGCGCCCGCACCCGCACCCGCACCCGCACCCGCACCCGCGCCCGCAACCGCCGCUACUGAUGGGGAGCCGCCUAAGGAGCCUGCUAAGGAACCAACCCCAGUCACAACUCCCCCAAGUGGUACAGCGGCGGCAUCCUCCGCGGGUAACGUGGUGGUGGACCUGGCGGCGUGGCUGGCGGGCCGCGUGCCGCACGCGCAGUGGCGCCGCCUGGCCAGCGCACGCGCACCCAGGCCCAACGCUACCGCCACGCAACUAAGGGACCUACAUCUCGCUACUAAGUACCUCGCGAAAUGGAGGGAGAGGACCAUGCUCUCCCACGGCAUGCGUCCCCUGGCCCUGGAAGACGGCGGCUGGCUCCGUCCAGUGAUGUUCGACCCCAGCUCGCGCAUAGCUCGCGACACCGCCUGCCAGAUGGUCAAGUCGCUCUGUGACUCUUAUGAACGGACCAAGGCUGUACUGAUCUUGUUGACGAGCUUCCUGCCUGAAGUCGGUUCUGCUGGAGAAGCUAGCGAACAAUUCUUGCAACUUUAUCAAACUCUGGCAUCCGAAGCGCCAUGGAAGCAGUUCCUGGCGUUGCGCGGAGUUCUGCAACAGAUAGCCGACCUGAUGACCAAGGAGAUCGAACAGCUGCAUCGCCUUGAAGAAACUACGCUCACUUCUGACUUGGCGCAAGGUUACGCGCUAAAACGUCUGACGGAGCUACUAGCAAUGUUCUUAGAAGAGAGCGGCGCGCGGCGUACAUACAAGGGCCGCCUGGUGGGCGCCGUACUGGGCGGGUACCUGUCGCUGCGCCGCCUCGUCGUGCAACGCACGCGCCUCACCGACGACACGCAGGAGAAACUGCUGGAACUGCUCGAGGAGAUGACUACUGGCACUGAAGCUGAAACAGCAGAGUUCAUGGCGGUCUGCAUAGAGACCGUGCAGAAGUACCCGCUACACGACUACCGCACGCCGGUGUUCAUAUUCGAGAGACUCUGUUCCAUCAUCUACCCCGAGGAGAACGACGUCGGGGAGUUCUUCCUUACGCUGGAGAAAGACCCGCAGCAGGAAGACUUCUUACAGGGUCGUAUGUUAGGCAACCCAUACUCCUCCCUGGAGCCGGGCAUGGGUCCGCUCAUGCGUGACGUGAAGAACAAGAUCUGCACCGACUGCGAGCUGGUCGCGCUGCUGGAAGACGACAACGGCAUGGAGCUGCUCGUCUGCAACAAGAUCAUGUCGCUCGACCUGCCUGUCAAGGAUGUUUACAAAAAGGUGUGGUGCACAUCUGGUGAGGGUGUAGACGCGAUGCGAGUAGUGUACCGUAUGAGAGGAUUGCUCGGAGACGCCACGGAGGAGUUCGUGGAGCGACUCACUCAGGCCAACGCUGAGGCAGUCGACGACGAGCAGCUGUAUAGGAUGGCUAACGUACUUGCUGAUUGUGGUGGUAUCGAAGUAAUGCUGCAGCGCCUAGCAGCUAUACAACGAGUAGGCGCGGCGCGUGCGCUAGUCUCUACUCUUCUACGCCUGGUGUCACUAUGUACGCGCGUACGUCGCUGCGUGCGCGUACUGACUCGCGCGGAUACGCGCGCACUGCCCGUGUUACUGCACGCGCUACAUCUCGCCGCCAUCGAGGAGAAGGACAUGGCGCGCGCGCAGCUCGUGUACCAACUGCUAGAGAUAAUGGAGCGUAUCCUAUCAGUGGCCGCCAGCGAGAGCCUGGAGUCCUUCCUACAGUUCUCGCUCACUUUCGGAGGACCGGAGUACGUGCAGGCACUGCUCAACUGUACUGAGUGUCCAGGUAUCCGCAGCAACUCAGUGGCUCUAGGCCACUUGACCCGCGUGCUAGCCGCGCUAGUGUACGGCAAUGAUCUCAAGAUGGCGAUGUUAGUGGACCACUUCAAGCCAGUACUGGACUUCGACCGCCUGGACUCUGAACAAUGGACCGAGGAGGAGUUCCGCAUGGAACUGUUCUGUGUCUUCUGUGCCAAUAUCGAGAGGAACUCCAUUGGUGGCACGUUGAAGGACUAUUUGAUCUCGCUUGGAGUUGUUCGUGAUGCGCUUGAGUAUAUUGUGAAACACGCCCCGUGUGUGAAGCCGACCCUGGUGUGCACGGACUCUGACGAGCUUAAGGAGUUCAUCAGUCGUCCCGCACUCAAGUACAUACUGCGCUUCCUCACGGGACUCGCCGCCGACCACGAGCCCACGCAGAUGCUAGUAUGCGAGAAGGUGAUCCCGAUAGUGCACCGUCUGGAGCAGGUGUCGUCGGGCGAGCACGUGGGGUCGCUGGCCGAGAACCUGCUGGAGGCGCUGCGCUCCCAGCCGCAGUGCGCCGCCAAGGUGCAGCAGGUCCGGGACUUCACCAGGCAGGAGAAGAAACGCCUAGCGAUGGCAGUCCGCGAGCGGCAGCUAGGCGCGCUGGGCAUGCGCAGCAACGAGCGCGGGCAGGUGACCGCGCAGUGCUCGCUCACGCAGCAGGUCGCCGACCUCGCCGAGGAGAACGGCGCCGUCUGCUGCAUCUGCCGGGAGGGGUACAAGUACCAGCCUACUAAGGUGCUAGGUAUCUACACGUUCACGAAGCGUUGUCCGGUGGAGGAGUACGAGGUGCGCGCGCGCAAGACGCUGGGCUACACCACGGUGUCGCACUACAACAUCGUGCACGUCGAGUGUCACAUGGCCGCGGUACGACUCGCGCGGGCCAGAGACGAGUGGGAGAGUGCUGCGCUACAGAAUGCAUCGACUCGCUGCAACGGUCUGCUCCCCUUGUGGGGGCCGCAUGUACCCGAGCCGGCAUUCGCUAGCUGUCUCGCUCGGCACACCACUUAUUUACAGGAAUGCACGGGGCACCGCGACAUCGGGCACACGUGCACGCUGCACGACCUGAAGCUGCUGCUGCUGCGGUUCGCGCGCGGGCGCACGUUCCACGACGACACGGGCGGCGGCGGCCCGCUCUCCAACAUGCAGCUCGUGCCCGCGCUCGUGCACAUGGCGCUCUACGUCAUCAACACGAGCCGUGUGUCAGCCCGCGAGGUGUCUGCGCUGGAGGCGGCGCUGGCCUGGGCGCCGGCGCGACUGCUGGAGUCCGCGCACGACGCCGAGGGCCCGCUCUACUUCCUCACACUCAUGCUCAUGCUCUACCCACACGCCAAAUGGCGUGCGGUGAAGGUGGACAUGUUGAAGCGCCUGCUAGUAAUCGGCCACGUGCGCGCGGUGUGCCCGGCCGGGCCCGCCAUACGCGCGCUGCCGCCCGACCAGCGCGCGCUCAAGCAGUGGCAGGACUACAAGCCCUACGCGCUCUUUGUGGCCAUCAUCGAUCAGCUGUACACUGUCAUGUUCAAGAACGUAACCGCAACAACAGUAGACCAGUGGCCAGUGAAACUCGCCGAGUACAUCCGACACAAUGACGAAGCGAACGGCAAGGCGGCCGAGCGCAUAGUGACCACUCUCACCGACGAGCUGCUGCCCUGCGCCUCCUUCGCGGAGUUCUGCGACGCCGCCGGCUUCCUCGAGGACAUCCCGGAGCCCGACGCCUUCCUACAGACACUCAUAGACGAACAACCUUGAGAGUGGCCCGCGCCACCGCACUGCCUUGGUUACAACGGGUGCAUGGCCAUCUAACAAAAAAAAUAUAACAUUCUAUAGUCCCCUAGAAAAUAGCUUGUGUAUCAACAUAUUACUCAAUGUAUGCCGUAGUUUUAACGCUGUUCGUAUCUCUACAGAUUGUAUUCUUUGAUAAAGUGGUGUCGUGAGAUGGCACAUGAAAUAGUUCAGUCAACAAGGCCGUGUCAUCCCUUCACUGGCGGCUCGAGGCUUCUAUUAUCACAUAAUUAAUCUAAAACUAUAACACAUGACUAUGCUUCUAGUGUUCUAAUAUCCUUUCUCUUCUUCCUGUCCUUAUAUGCUGUUAUUUAUACAAUGUAAAAUUAUUCUGUAUUGCAUUUUGAAAAUGUUCGUGCUUCUAUUGUAAUUGCAGUUUGGGUUUACUAUAAUAAAAUAGAAUCUGCUUCA